AUGGAAGAAUAUGCGGAAAGCGCCAGCAAAGCUGAAGAAGGGGACUCGGGCCUUUCUGGAGUUGAAGGACAAGCGGAUACUGGUCGUCGCGAUGCAUGCUGCUCUCCUGUGCGUCAUUUUCCAUCUUCCGCACGCAUAAGUGUUCGCAAUAAACCCUCCAGCCGUCGUCAUACUCCUGCCGGAGGGAGUAGUCAACCAUCAUCAAGUCGGAAACAGCACUGUCGCAGCGGCAGCGCAGUGUCAUGCUCUGCAGCGAGCGGCAGUUGUUUGCGAUCAGCGUCGUCUGGAUCUGAAGGAGAUGGUGCCGAUAAUUUAUUUGUACCAGCGAGACGGCAACGAACAUCAAGUAUUGAAUAUGAUGGCGAACCAGAGCAAAGCGACGCUGACAUCCUUGCUUAA